AUGCGAGUUGAUGGUAGAGCCGUUUGUGACUUGUUGAUUACAGAAGAUGGUGGCUGUAUUAGUCAGGUGGCCAACAGCUGUGAUUUUGAAUGUUUCAAGGAAGGAAAAGAUCUUUAUGAGAUGAAGUAUAAUGUUACAAUACAAGAUAAUCACAACUACAUAACUUCUGAGAUAUGUCUUAUGUGGCUGAAUACGCUAGCACAAAACGAAACUACUUGUGUUGGUAUCUAUGUUCAAGACGAAAAUACAAAAAUCACUUACCAGACGAUGGUCCUACAGUUUUCAUACAAUAUUUUAACACUUCAGCAGCGACCAAUGUACUUUAUACACUCAAUUGAUUGGUUGUUUUGGAGCCUGUUUAGUUACUACAAUCCCUUCACAGUGAUGACAGUAUUCACUAGCUCUGGAGAAAAUUUAUAUUCACACAAUUUCUUUCUGGAUGACAAUGUAUCACAAAUCGUACAGAAACAUUCAGACCUUGACAAGGAUAUAAUCUACACAGUGAAUGACGAUUACUGUAUUCAGUUUGCACUCGUGUGUAAACUAGUAGAUGCGAGACUUCCAAAAUGUGAACCGCCCGUGUACACCAACGCCGAAAGCUACGUCGAGUUAAGUUUACGAUGCAUUUCCCCUCAAAAGUUUACUACGGAUUUAUACAAAACUGACGUUGAAGAUCUAUCAGUUAAAAACAUUAAAGAUCAACUGUUGGAAGAGAAUGGGUCUUUCAUUCAAGACUGGACAUGGCGUUUUUCAAGACCGGCUGUGGAUUUAACGAACGUGUCCUUCUUGUUUCAAAUUGAGCUACAGUUGUUAGAUUCAACUGAAUGCAACAUAUCGCGAUCUUUUCGGGAUACAAAUAGUAAUAAUGCUUCAUAUUUGUUUGUAUAA